AUGGACUCCCAGCUCUCAAUGGAAAACAUGGAUUGCAUGCGGGAUAAAUUUGUCAAGGGGGAGCUUCUCAAUGAUCGGUACCGCACUGUGGCCCCGUUGAAUCAUGGCUCCUUUGGGAUGGUUUUCCUUGCAGAGGACAUUGUAACUGGUGACCAGGUUGCUAUCAAAUGCAUGACCAAGACUGCCUCUGGAGACUCAUACCCUCUAGCCGUUGACGAACGAUCCGAAGAGUUGGAGUGCCAUACCCGCCUGGGACACCACCCAAAUAUCGUUAACCUACUCAACUCUUUUGAAACGGAAUGCCAUAUAUUCUUGGUUCUUGAAUAUUGCUCUAUGGGAGAUCUGUACGAGGCCAUAAGGAGCAAUCGCGGCCCUUUGGAAACCGAGCAUGUUCGUGCAUUGAUGUUGCAGCUUGUAAGCGCUGUUGAGUAUAUGCACUCAAAAGGCCUAUACCAUCGAGAUAUCAAGCCUGAGAACAUAUUUCUCACUCAUGACGGCUCGAUGAAGCUUGGAGAUUUCGGUCUGGCCACCCGCAGCCCUUGGUCCUACGAGGCAUGCGUUGGAAGUGAUCGCUAUAUGGCCCCGGAACAAUACGAUCCCACUCCAACCGGCUACUCGACUGAACAAGCCGACAUCUGGUCCGUUGGAAUCUGUCUUCUGAACAUCCUGUUUGCGAGGAAUCCCUUCGUUACCCCAACUGAUUCUGAUAUCUUCUUCGCCGACUAUACCCGUGACCGCCAGUCUCUCUUUGACAUCUUCCACAACAUGUCUCAAGACACUUUCGAGAUACUCUCCAAUGCGAUGGCACUUGACCCCAAAAAACGCUCGCUGUCUGGGGUUCGCGAAUCCAUCCUGCGUGCUGUUUGUUUCACCACUGAUGACGAGGUGCUUGAUGACUUCUGCACCGAAGACCGUGAGAUUGUCCCCGCAAAUGCGGAUAGAGAGCCCCUUCGAACUCCUUCUAUCACCAGCCCUCAUAUCAAUCAGGGAGAUUCCUUCCCGUGGGCAAAGGCUUUGCAAGCUUCCCCUCCCCAGCCGAUUCGACAACUCUCUAUAAUCCCAGAUACGGAAAGCUACUCCGAAGAUCUGUUCCCCGCUUCGGAAGAGGAAGCCAUGUCUUGGUAUUCUGUACAAUCCGGGUCACCAUCAAUUUCUGCAUUAGGCUCCACCUUUGGGACGUCGUUCAAGUCAAUGACCAUUCGACCCGCCGAGAAACGCUUCGCAGUCCAUUCUGAUCCUGUCCCGAUUAGUGGCUCUCUUCCUACCCGUGCUGGAAGACCCAUCCCAGCCAUGUCAAUGAUCUUUGGAAAGGGUAACAACGAAAUGUCUAAGAGCUGGAGCGAUCUAUGGGAUGAAGAGGAAGAAGAGAGUGAGAACGAGACGAUAAAGCAACGAAAGGAGCAAAAUGCCCGUAGCUGGAGCCAGGAUAGCCAAAUGGAGAAGACAACACCCCGUCCGACUGGUUUAUCUGAAGCCCAAAGCUCAUCAUUUGCGAAUUCUCGGUCCGGUACCCCUAACGACAACCACAACAAGAGCGUCGCAAUUCCGACUCCUCGAAAACCAAACAAGGACUUGAUGGAGAACCAUAUCCCCGGAUCUAAUUUUUCUUCACCAAAGCAUUUCCCCAAGCAAUCGGCCAUGGACAAAUGGGCUGCUCUCGGGAACAGGCGACGCAAGUACCAUCCGAAACAAGAUGAUACCCCUCGCUUGAGGAAACAGAAGCAACUGUCGAAAAGCUGGCGCAAGGAUGCAGGCUUUGGCACUCCGGGCUUUGAGGACCGCCAUGUCGACCAGCAUUUCCUUGACAUUGACUGGCGUCGUGACCCCUUUGAAACAAUCAAACCGAAGAAAGCUUCGAUCGUCGUUGUCCCUUGCGAUCGCGUCGAUGAUGAGUUCGAUUGGAUUGGCGGUUGGCAUGACCUUCACAUUUAA